AUGGACUCUCUGGAAGCCAUGUCGGCGAGUGAGGAGACUCGUAGACUGAGGGCAGACAACAAACGGAUGCAAGGGCAGUUGUCUGCCCUAAAAACAGAAGUGAUUGCCCUCCGGAAAGCUUUCUCUGAAAGACCGUGGCAACCUCCACCGGGGAACCGCCCUGUCGAAACCCAAGAGGUUCCACAGGCAGUGCUGGACUUAAUGGAAGACCAGCACAGGAGCCUCUUGGUGACUCUCGGUGAAAUGGUGAAUGUUCGCCUAGGCGAGAUGGAGAAACGCCUCCCGCCUGCACCGGUUGUGAGGCCGCCGCUGGCUGCCGAUAGGAGGCUGGUUGCGGACACUCCCUCAAUGUCUGAUCCGAGAGUAGAGCCGUCCCCCUCACAGUGCUCGAAGAAAAAGAAGAAGAAGCACUCACCAGCUGCAAAAGCUCCAGCGAAGCCUGCCUCCACCGCUACUACUGCUCAGCAGCUACAACACGGCGCCGCCGCCAUGCAGUCCGCCGCAAGGACUGCACACGCCGCAGCACCUUCCUCAGUGACGGAAUGGACGGAGGUCGUCCGGCGCAAGCCAAAAAAGAAGCCGUCGUCGCCUCCUGCGGCUCCAGCACCCCGUGUCAACCGUAAAUCGAAGGCCAAGAUUACCACUCCGAAAUCAACGGCAGUGGUAAUCACGCUGAAGCCCGAAGCCGUAAAAGAAAAUGUGUCCUAUAAAGACGCUUUAGGGAGGGCAACGGCAACCCUGGAGCUGGGCACGGUGGGCCUGGACUUCGUGCGGGUGCGCAGCACGGCCACCGGGGCGCGCAUUAUCGAAGUGCCUGGAGCCGACAGUGGUAAGACAGCGGAUGCCCUGGCGGAAAAGCUAGAGGGCAUAAUAGGAGACGUGGCGACUAUAACCAGGCCCGUCAAAACCGCCGAUCUCCGAAUCACCGGCCUGGACGAAUCGGUCGAUGCGGAGAGGGUCCAAAGGGCAGUGGCGACCAAGGGGGGAUGCACCUUGGACCAGGUGAAAGUGGUCGGCAAUAUCCGCACCGGUCCUUACAAGACCGGAUCCGUCCUGGUCCGAUGCCCGGUAGCGACAGCCAAAGUACUGAUCGCGGCGCGGAGAUUGUUGGUCGGGUGGUCAUCUGCCCAAGUGCGGGCGCUGGACCCUCUCCCCAUGAGGUGCUUCCGGUGUUUGGGGACCGGGCACUCUAGGGCCCUGUGCCCAUCCCCCAUUGACAGAAGCAACCUGUGUUUCAGAUGUGGGAAAGAGGGUCACAAGUCAGCGACCUGUAAUGCUGAACCCCGGUGCGCGGUGUGCAUCCACGCACGACGCCCGGCCGGACACGUGAUGGGUGGACGUGCAUGUGCCCCUCCGCCCACGAGAGGUAAAAUGGCUUUUCAGGUCCGGGCCACUGAGCCAGCGGAGGGAGAAAUGGAGACGUGA